GUGGAGCUGCUAUCUUUAGACGCGGUCGCAUUUGUCCAGAGCUGCAACUAUUUGAGAAGUUGCUAAGCAGUCCUCGACUCUUUUAAUGAAGUUCUUCCUUCAGGAUGACCAAUGACACUGCUACAGAUUACAGCUGGGAAGUUAAAGCCAAUGACAAACAAUACCAUGAAAAAAACAAGAAACCGGGAUUUCUUUGCUUCAAGAAGAGGAAAUACUGUGACAACAGAAUAAAAACCUCAAAGUACAACAUUUUUACAUUCAUCCCACUAAACCUGUAUGAGCAGUACCAUCGGGCCCAAGUGAUCUACUUCACCGGUAUAGUAAUUAUUCAGAGCAUUCCAGAGAUUUCAACCUUGCCGAUUUACUCCGUUGCAGCUCCGCUCAUCUUGAUUCUGGCAGCCAGAGCUUUCAGGGAUUUGAUCAAUGACAUUGCACGCCACAAAAACGAUAAAUUGAUUAACAAUGCUUCCUGUGAAAUACUUAAAGACCAACGGCUGCGUAAGAUGAAAUGGAAGGAUGUUCGAGUUGGUGACAUUGUACGUGUAAACAAAGAUGAAUUUGUGCCUGCAGACAUGCUACUAUUGCACAGCACAGAGCCAGAAAGCUUGUGUUACAUAGAAACAGCUGGAAUUGAUGGAGAGACCAACCUUAAAUUCCGUCAGGCUUUACCAGUUACACACUCCAGCCUAAACACAUUAGAAGCACUGGCAGAAUUUGAUGGCCUGGUAACAUGUGAGGCUCCAAACGCACAGAUAUACAGUUUUGUGGGAGUCCUGGACUGGAACGGCAAAAAAUGUCCAUUAAAUAGCGAGAACCUCCUGCUAAGGGACUGCAGGAUUCGAAAUACUGAAUGCUGCUAUGGAUUGGUCCUCUUUGCAGGAUUUGACACAAAAAUUAUGAAAAACUCUGGUAAAAUGCCUUUAAAGUGGACAAACAUGGACCAUCUAAUCAACAAAAUUAUUCUGUGUAUUGCGGUGUUUGUGGUCAGUAUAUCUAUUAUCUUGGGUAUUGGAGCUGGAAUUUGGGACAGUUUGUAUCUACAGAAGCAUUACUAUAUACCAAGACACCCACAGAAUUCUGCUACUUUUGGUGUUUUUAUGUUCAUGGGAUACCUUGCCACCAUUGCCACGCUGGUGCCCUUCUUCCUUUACAUCUCGAUUGAAAUCAUUCAUGUUCUCCACAACUUUUUCGUUAACAAUGACCUGGAAAUGUACUACGAGGAAACGGAUACACCAGCUGAAGCCAGAGGUACCAGCUUCUGUGAUAUGCUGGGACAGAUUGAGUACGUAUUUACAGACAAGACCGGUACACUCACUCAGAACAUCAUGACGUUUAAGAAAUGCUGCAUUGGGCAAAAGAUUUUCGGCAUCUCAUCAAGUGAAGAACAGCAACAUCAGAAAGUUAACUUUGACUGGAAUCAGUAUGUGGAUACCACGUUCAGGUUCUUUGAUCAAACUCUAAUUGACGAGUUACAUAAGGACCCACAAGACCCUCUGCUGCAUGAUUUUUUCAGGGCAGUUGCAGUAUGUCACACUGUGAUGGCAGAUGAGGAGAAAGGGUUUGUGAAGUACAAGGCUACCUCCCCAGAUGAAGAGGCCUUGGUGACCGCUGCAAGAAACUUUGGAUAUGUAUUCCUUUCCCGCACUCAAGAUGCCAUCACAAUCAGCGAGAUGGGUGCAGUAAAGACCUAUAGUAUCCUGGCAUUGAUGGACUUCAAUAGUGUCCGAAAGAGGAUGUCUAUUCUAGUAAGGAAUGAAGAAGGGAAAAUAAAGCUUUAUACUAAAGGUGCAGAUGAUGUCAUUCUUGAACGUGUGUGCGCUGACUGUCAGACUGAGACCAUUAAGGAAGCCUUGAAUCACUUUGCUGAAGAGACUUUGAGAACACUGUGCUUGGCCUAUAAAGAUGUGGAAGAACAGGACUAUCUGACCUGGAAGAAAAAUCACACAGAUGCCUCCCUGACACUUGAGAAUCGUCAGUAUAAUCUGGAUAAAGUAUAUGAGGACAUGGAGCAGAGUCUGCAGAUACUUGGAGCCACUGCCAUAGAAGACAAGCUACAAGAAGGAGUACCAGAGACCAUCCAGCUUUUGAAAGACGGAAACAUUAAGGUUUGGAUGCUCACUGGGGAUAAAAAAGAGACGGCUAUAAACAUUGCAUAUUCCUGUAACCUUCUUUCAAGCGACAUGCAGCUUUUGGACGAGACUGAAAUAAGGAGCCUCCUUGAUGAAAUCCAGGGGAAUGGAAAUGUAGAGGCCACAUUAAAAGACACUGAUCCUGCUAUGAUGAAAGAAUGCAAUAUGAAAGCAAUGGUCGUUACAGGGGAAUUUUUGAAUGGAUUUGCAAACCUGUCUGAAAAAAUAACACCAACGUUACCCUGGUGGAAGAAGUUGAUCUGGAAACAAAAAACUGAAGAGAUAACAGACCAAAAUUCCAUCUUAAAGACCAAAGCCUUGGUGGAGCUGGCUUGUCAGUGUCAGUGUGUCAUCUGCUGUCGAGUGACACCAAAGCAGAAAGCCAGCAUAGUGCAACUAGUGAAGACAAACAAAAAGGUUACCACCCUUGCUAUAGGAGAUGGGGGCAAUGAUGUGAAUAUGAUAAAGACUGCCCAUAUUGGUGUAGGGCUGAUUGGGAAAGAAGGUCUCCAGGCUGUCCUGGCUAGUGAAUUUGCCUUGGCUCAGUUCUCUUACCUCCAAAACCUGCUGUUCUUCCAUGGGAGAUUGUCUUAUGCUCGAUUUUCCAAGUUCUUAUGCUAUUACAAUUACAAGACUUUUGCCAGUCUCGUUCACAACAUCUGGUUUGCCUUCUUCAAUUGCUUCACUUCCUUGCCAGUGUUCGAUGCUUGGUUCCCAGUGUUUAAUGCUGCCGUAUAUACAAUAUUUCCAGCCCUCUGCAUGGCAAUUCUUGAUAAAGAUACAGAUAGCAAGGGCAGCCGCAAACAUCCAGAGCUGUAUGUGAUUGGUCAAAAAGACAGACGUCUGGGCCUGAGGAUCUUUUUAUAUGUUUUAUAUGGCUUCUACAAUUCUCUGGUCAUGUUCUUUAUUCCUUAUUUCGCUUUCUUUGACGCCGCUGGGCCCAAUGGAAUAUUCACUUAUCAGGUUUUUGCAUUUACCAUGACCACAAUCAAUGUCUUUUCCGUUUUGGCUGAGGCAGCCUUAGAGCUUUCUACAUGGUCUGUGUUAACUUUCCUGGCUUUCGUAAUCGCUUUUGGUAGCUACUUUCUUAUCACAUAUGUAACAACCUUUCCACCUGCCUACCUGUUCAGCAUGUCUCAGUUCAAUUUUCUAGGUAUCAUGGUCAUCAGCUUUAGCAGUGGAUAUAUCUGGCUUCUUUUGCUGAUCGGGAUGAUUUUGAGCAUCAUUCCCUCACUCAUCUGGAGAUUUUGGUCAGGAUUAUCAAAUCAAAGUCUUAUCAAAUCACUGACAAAGAAGAGAAAUCUUGUCCAACUGCCAUUUCGGCAUAACAGGACAUCCAGAAGACGAUCCAGCUUUGCAUUCUCCCACACAGAAGGCUUUGACAAAUUUGUCACCAGGAUGGAAAAAGACCAGAACAGAAAGAAAAAAACAGUAUCAUGGACAGAAUGAUCAAAUGUCACGAGAAUUAAGUUUUUAUUAUUUGAAAGAGUUUUUGAUGAACUGUGUUGCCCUUAACGAGGUUCUCUAUGUCCUGCUCUCGCUGUACUUUAACCAUUGAGGCUCAUCUCGCCUUUAUCCUAC